GUACACCCAUCUCUACUACUACCUGCCAACUGUCAAUUAGAAUUGUUGAGGUUAUGUCACACGUCAACAUGUCAACAACAAUCUUGUGGUAUUUUUAAACACAUCAUGUGAAUAGCAAAACUAUUUAUCCCAGAGACCACCUCCAGUUAUGCACCUUACCACCUUAGUUCGUUCAGUGCUAUAUAGGGCAUCUUUCCGAGCUGCAAGAAAUACCAUAGCAACUAGUCCAAAAAAUAUGCAAGAAGUACUGGACGAUUUGAAGAACAACCCCUAUUACGACAAAUAUUCCUCCAAGAUAAAACAAUUACAGAAAGAGAAGCCUGAACAAUUCCAGAAGCGUGUUGAAGAUGUUGAACAAAUCAAGAAGAAAAAAAUUGAGGCACCUAAGGAAAGACAAUAUGCACAGUUAUUGAACCCUAAGGAGAAAAUUAGUACACCAGAACCGAUCAAACGUGAAGGUUUGGAGAAAAUUAUGAAAAUAGAUUUGAUAAAAGACAAGAAUACAGAUGAAAUAAAAUCAAUUUGGGAACAGUACCACUUACAAAAAGAAUAUUGUAUUGCAGCAACUAUCCCAUCAAGUGAUUUUGAAAAAAUGCAGAAAAAUAGUGCACAGUAUCCAACAUUUAUACUUCCACUACCUAGAAGUCAAGGAUAUGAAUUUAUGAUGUGCCAGUUUGCACAAAACACAGUACAUUUUACCCCACUUUUAUACUUUCAAGUGCACAAAGAAAAUGCUCCAGAAUGUCUAACAAUUAUACAUUAUGAUGAAUUUAAAGAUGAUAAAAAUAUUGUACUGAUGAGGGGCGAAUAUGAUAAGAAUGUUUUGGAUGCCAAGGAGGCUCAGUGUCUGGCAAAUCAGCUACAAAUGUAUUAUGUACAGGCAGAUCCUGAGAAGAUUCAACUACUUGAAACAUUUACUAAGAAGCCAGAUGAAUUUAAGCAUAUGGAUCUUAUAAAACAGAUUGAGAAUUUGCCUUUGAACUGAAUUAUCCAUUUGUUAAUAUGAAUAAAUAUGUAGAAACUAAUUAUGUAAUUUUUGUGUGUAAGGUCAGCUUUAG